UUCGAAUAAACUUCUAAAGCGAACCAUGAACAUAUUGUCUGAACGACAUCGACCGGCAAAAAUGCGAUUAUCCAUCCUAUGAAAAGCCAUUCAACUAAAAGCUAAGGAAUAACCCAUUAUUUUCUCCCCAAAAUCAAUCACCGUUCAAGUUCAAGCAAUUUACUGAGUUCAACGAUGCUCUGAUAACCCUAAAAUCAUAUAUGAAUCGAAAGAUUUUUGUCAAUGGAUGUCACUUUCGCAACUUGCUUAAGGUACCUGCAUUGCAACCACUUCACUACCGCGCCACACUUGCCUCCUCUGCUUUCCCUUCGCACCCCACCACCGCACGCCUGUCAGGACGACCCCUGGAAAUAUUGCAACUUUGGGCAAAUUAUUCUACUCUAGCUGAAGUUAAUGAUAGUUUUGAUAACGAUGCUGGAAAAAUAACAUUGGCUAAAAAUUUAGCUUUUGUUCUUGAGGAAUCUUCAAAUGUUAAUGACAGAAGACCUAAGAGUCGAAUGGAGCUCAAGAGGUCUCUUGAACUCCGCAUAAAGAAGCGGGUGAAGGAGCAAUUUUUGAAUGGGAAGUUUCGCGAUCUUAUUACGAAAGUGAUUGCAAAUCCAGAAACUCUCCAGGAUGCUUACAAUUGUAUUAGGCUUAAUGCAAAUGUUGAUAUAGCAUCAGAUAAAGAUGAUACAUCUUUUGAAUCUGUAGCAGAAGAGCUCUCUAAUGGGAGUUUUGAUAUCAGUGCAAACACUUUUUCUAUUUCUACAAAGGGUGUAAGAAAAGAAAUCCUUGUCCUUCCUAAACUGAAGUUGAAGGUUGUUCAAGAAGCGUUGAGAAUAGCUUUAGAAGUUGUCUAUAGGCCUCAUUUUUCUAAGAUAUCUCAUGGUUGUCGAAGUGGAAGAGGACACCAUUCAGCAUUAAAAUACAUCAGUAAAGAGAUCUCUAAUCCUGAUUGGUGGUUUACAUUAACAAUUAGCAAAAAGCUGGAUGCAUGUGUCCUUGAUAAACUUAUCUCAAUCAUGGAGGAUAAGAUUGAAGACCCUUGUUUGUAUGAUAUCAUUCAAGGCAUGGAUGCUGCCAAGGUACUCAACAUGGAAUUUGGGGGUUAUCCAAAGGGCCAUGGUCUUCCACAAGAGGGAGUGUUGUCUCCUAUUUUAAUGAACAUAUAUCUUAAUGUCUUUGACCAUGAAAUUUACAGACUUUCAAUGAAAUAUGAAGCUCUCAGUUCAGCUUUUCAUCUUGAAGGAGGGCAGCUGAAUUCCAAGUUGCGCAGGUGGUUUAGAAGACAGCUAAAAGGGAAUGGUCUUAAAACCACGGGGGAGGUGAAUUCUUGUCCAAAAAUUCAUUCUUGUCGCUUUAUGGAUGAGUUAUUUUUUGCAGUUUCUGGAUCCAAAGACAUUGCUCUUGGUUUCAUGUCCGAGAUCAUGGGCUACUUGCAGAAUACUUUGCUAUUAGAUGUUACUGGUAAAAUGGAAGUAGCACCUUGUGCAGGUCCUCAAGUAAUUCGCUUUUUAGGCACUUUGCUUAGAAGACGUGUGAAAGACAGUCCUGCUGUAAGGGCUGUUCACAAGUUGAGAGAAAAAGUCAAGUUAUUUGCUUCGCAAAAACAAGAAGCAUGGGAUGUUGGGACAAUUAGAAUUGGUAAAAAAUGGUUAGCUCAUGGUUUGAGAAAGGUCAAAGAGUCGGAGAUCAAGCAUUUAGCUGAUAGUAGCUCUGUUUUGAGCCAAAUUUCCUGCUUUCGCAAAGUUGGAAUGGAAACUGAUCAUUGGUAUAAGCUCUUAAUUAAGAUAUGGAUGCAAGAUAUAACCGCUAAAGCAGCAGAGUCUGAGGAAUUUAUCUUAUCUAAAUAUAUUGCAGAACCAGCCCUUCCAAAAGAAUUGAGAGAUUCAUUUCAUGAAUUUCAAAAGCGUGCAAACGGAUAUGUUAAUUCCGAGACAGCUACAACUCUUGCUCUUUUGCCAAAUUCCAGCUCCUCCACUGAGAUGAUCACUGAGAUAAUUGCUCCUGUUAAUGUUAUUAAAAAACGUUUAUUACGAUAUGGAUUGAUCACACCUGCUGGUCACUCCUGUGUGAAUCGUCAACUUAUUUUACAAGAUAAAGCCCAUAUUAUUUACUGGUUUUCAGGCAUUGUUCGCCGUUGGCAGAGGUGGUAUGGUGAUUGUAAGAACUUUGCCGAUUUAGAGCUCAUAAUUAAGUUUCAAGUUUGGAAAUCUUGCAUCCGUACUUUAGCUGCGAAAUAUAGGAUUCAUGAAGAUGAAGUAGAGAAACGGUUUGAUUUAGAGCUGAACAACAUUCUUUCAACCCAAGAUAUAAAGGAAGAGAGGGAAAACCAGGCAUCGAACUCUCUGGCUUUUGACAAUGAUGAGAUGUUGACAUAUGGAAUCUCUUAUAGUGGCUUGUGUUUGCUAUCAUUAGCAAGAAUGGUGAGUCAGUCACGGCCUUGCAAUUGUUUUGUCAUGGGAUGCUCAGCUGCAGCACCUAGUGUUUAUACUCUCCAUGUGAUGGAAAGACAGAAGUUUCCUGGUUGGAAGACAGGGUUCUCAACUUGUAUACAUCCCAGCUUGAAUGGAAGACGAAUUGGGCUGUGUAACCAGCAUCUAAAGGAUUUUUAUGUUGGUGAUAUAUCACUUCAGUCCAUUGAUUUCAGUUCAUGGAAAUAAAGCCUUCUAAUAAAUUUGAAACUUGAAAUUAAGCUGUUCUCUAAGUGUUUGAGGUUCCAAGUUCCAACGGUAAAAGAACUAUCUAGGUGUCCAGAUUCCAAUUGCUCAUAUCAUGUUUCCUGGACUUUGAGAUGCAGAAAACAUGGAAACCCUUUUGCAAGUCCACGACCAAUACCCCACUAGCUCAGUAGGUAUACUGAAAAAGGCAAGGGUCUGAAGGAGAUGAAUCGUCUUUCUGCAAUAUUAAUUGUGCUAAAGAAACUGCAAAGGCCAGGUUUGACUACGAUUACUUGACAUGCGUUUGGAUGACAUCCCUUUUCAAUCGGUAUGGCCUUAUCAGAGGUAGCACUUACCCAACAACAACUAUCAAGGAAGUUAUUGUUAUGGAUGACUGGCAUGUACUUGUGUAUGAAAUGGAGGGAAAAGCACAAUGGUGCCACUCCUUGAAUGUAUAACUGCUGUUUAUGUGAUUUUGGAAACUCAAAUUUGUUGUCAUCACCAACAUCAGCUAGGCACUCAUCGUUUGGGCUGUAUAUUCCAAAGAUGGAACCAGUGGACACAGCAGCAUCAAUGUUGGAUGACCCAUCAAGUGGGUCAAAGACCACUAUGUAGUUUCCAGAGUAACUCUCCUCCACUGCUACUGACCUCAUUAGAGACCACAUCAAGCUUCUUCUGGUCUUCUCCUUGAACAUUAACAGCACCCUGAACUCCAGUUAAGUUAGAAAUGCUGGCUCUUUGCACCAAAGAAGCAAUCUGCUUACAUGCCAUUGAAAUACUAGAGAGCACAAUAGUAAGUUCAGCAUCAAUAACGCCUGCCUGUUCCUGCUUCAACAGCCAAUUUGUCAGUGUUUGAAUCUCGAACAUAUUUUUCUUUUUGGUCUCUGCAUCUGAGGUGGUGCUAACAGCCAUACACUUAACUCCACCAGCAACAUGUUUUUUCUUACUGAUAUGGUUGCUGGGGAAUGAGACUAGUGUCUUGGUG